AGGAAACAGACGUUGUUCCUCUCCGCGAAGACAUGGUUGAUGGUCGCCUUUGUUGCCUGACCUGCUUCUUUACAUGCAGUGCUGUGCUGCUUCUUGGGGUCUGCCUCCAUGAUCACAGAUACAAGCCAUCAGUGUUUCAAUACUGUGUCAAUAUGUAGUCACUAGCAAGCACAUAGUGGCUGCUGUUGCAUUGGAAAAGCUUGUGAGGCCUACCACCCAUUCAUCCGAAGAUUAGAUUCACACACAACAUGACAGCAGAAACAGAAGUGGAGGCUUCCAGUUGUCAGCAUGUCAUCCAUAAAAAAGUUGGAGACACCGUGGAGUUUUCAUCAUGCUUACCAACUGAAAAGGUCAACUUGGCAAGAUGGAAAUAUGGAACAUCAAUAAUUGCAGACAAAGAUAAUGUUGUUCCUGAAAAACAGUUCAGUGGCAGAUUAAACCUAAACCCUACAAACUUUAGUUUAACAGUGAGAGGGCUGACUCUCCGAGAUUCUGGUGAUUUCACUUUUAUCUCAGAGGUGAAUGACAAACAAAGGGACACAGUCACCAUCACCCUGCAAGUUCAUGAGCCCAUAACUGAAGAGCCUGUCCUGUCUGGCAAUUCUACCUGGCGCACCUCGACCAACUCAUGCACAGUUUUGCUGGAGUGCAGUGCAACCUCUGACAGCAGUGUCACCUACAACUGGACUGUGAGGAAUCAAACCAUAAGUGGCUCCAGUCUGCAAUACAGCAUCAGGCCACAGGAUGGAGACACCAAAUUCACCUGCACAAUUUACAAUUUUGUCAGUGAGGAGUCAGCAUCCAAAAUAGUGAAGUGCAGCAACAAUACUCAAGAAAUAAGCACAGAAACAGGGCCAGUAAACUUUGCCGUUGUCCUGAUUUUGGCAGGAGGAGGUUGUUUAUUGAUUGUCAUCAUAGUUGGCAUAGCGGUGGGUGUUUGCCACUGCAAACAAAGUCGAGCAGGCAGUGACUCUACUGACCUCACCGUGUACGCUGAUAUCUCUGAAAUUACAAAUGAAGAUGGGACUUCAUCUACCAUGAAGCCAUGCUCAGUGUAUGAAACCAUUGACAACAGAGUCAACUCAGUCACACCUGGGCCCCAGACUGUGUAUGACAAGAUCCAGUUUAAUCGCGUGAGGCAGGCCUCGGUGUCGCCCUACCAAGACAUUUCCUAGAGGGUCAAAGCUUGAUGUAUAUCGUGAAUUUCCUUGAGUAAAAACAAAGCAUCACUUGCAAAAGAUGCAGCCCAAAAAAAAUGUAAGGCUAAUAUUAUGAUAGAAAGGUGCAACACUUGGCAUAAAACAGCAUACAAGACUGCAACGUCAUGGUUGUAAAUAACGCCAUUUUUGACCUUGAAAGACUUUUGCAUCUUCACUUUAUCAUAUAAAAACAAUCAUUAUAAACAAUAUUAUAUAUUGCCAUUAUAUGUUGAGGGCCUAAGCUAUAUGCUCCAAUUGUAAUAACAGUGUUGUAAAUUCUGUAAAUACAGAGAUUAUAUUUUAAAAA